AUGCCGAUAUGUCUGUCAGCAUCUGAGAGAGACCUUGCUACAGCAGCAAACGUUGAUGCUCGGAUCCGCACUCAAGAAGAAACGUUCACUUCAGUCCUGAUACUGUAUACUGAGUGCUGGUGGAAUGCACGGUCUGCUCUGCCUUUCACCCCUGCCACUGUCAACGUCAACCGCGCCGGGCAGCCGACUGUCGGAUCCGGACCACCAGCUUCCUCUGGUGUGAGUUCAUUUUAUGGCCAUGAAAGGCAGAGCAAAACCCGCGAGCCUGGAGAGUUCAAGCUGAGGGCUUCUACCGCGAGGACCCAAGCUGUACAGGAGUCGUACGUCAUGGUUGAUGCGCCCUUUGCUUGCUUUGCUUUUGUCUGCUCUGCCUUCUUCUGCUAUCUCCAGAGCGUUUCUCAGGCCAUCUCAGGGCUCUUUUGGGGGUUGCUGGCUGACAGGACGUCUCGCGUGCGGCUCUUGUCCAUAGGAUGCGCAGGUUGGGGAGUCGUGGCGAUAUUUCUGGCAAGCUCCACUUUCUUCUGGCAGUUCGCUCUUUUGAAAGUGCUGAAUGGGGUGGCCAUGGCCAGGCUUAAGGGGUGCAUUUUGGGCGCGAUGAUGGGGGGCUCUCUUGCCAGCUUAACUGUCGUAGAAGGUGUUGAGGGAUGGCGAGUCGCUUUCUUUUCGGCAGGCGUUCUGUCACUGUUUGCAGCGGCGCUGGUGCAGAUCGUUGCGAAGGAACCGCGCCGUCAUCCAGUAGUAAUAUUAGAUGAAAUGAGGGGAGUUUGGGCUUUGGAGGGAGUUAAAAGAAACCGAGAAAGUGCAUUGUAUGAACUCUACCGUCGGUGCAACAACUUCUGUCGCGCUGCGCUCAGCCGGACGUUCUUGCUGCUGCUGCUGCAGGGCAUCUGCGGCUACAUCCCGCUGCACGCCUUCCAGUUUUAUACUCUUUAUUUCCAAUACGUGGGUAUGCCGGAUUGGCAGGCCUCUCUCCUCACUGCUUGCCCUCUUGUAGGCGGUCUGCUGGGCUCCCUCUUCGGUGGUUGGCUGGGCGAUCAAGCAGAAAGAAUCAACGCUUUCCACGGGCGACCUCUCGUGGGGCAGCUCGGUACCCUCUUGGCCCUACCCCUCAUCUACGCUGGCUUGCUGGGUAUCCCCAGAAGGCCAGAGUAUUUUGGGCUAUAUGCAGUAGACAUGCUUUUCCUCGGUUUCGCAAUCUCAUGGUGUCCCAGCGGUGUUAACCGGCCGAUCUUAUCUGAAAUCGUGGAGCCCGAUUCUCGAGCGACAGUAUUCGCCACUCAGAUUGCCAUCGAAGGCAGCGUGUCGGCUCUGCUGGGCUCUCCAGUGAUUGCUCUAUUGGCGGAGUCGAUUUUUGGGUAUAAGACGGGAGUUCCUUUUCACACAGCAGCAGACGCCCGAAGGAAUACAGACGCCUUGGCGAAUGCGUUGCUGGUGGCCACUGCCUUCCCGUGGACCAUUUGCUUCUUUUUGUAUGGACUUAUGCACUUCACAUACCCCAAGGACUCCGUCGCCUAUGAGCAGUACCGGUCGGCUCGCAGCGGAGCAAAUGGCAACAAAAAACAGAGAAAAUCGCUCCCACACGCCAGUGGCAGCGCCAGUCCGCAUGCAGCAAAUUAA